AUGCGUGUCAGCCUCUUCUUCCUCUCAGCUCUUUUGGCCAGCUGCUCCGCCGUGGCGAUCCCCGGAGAGCACUCCCACGACCAUGACCUCGCCAUGGACAUGUCUCCCGUUCCCCGAAGUGUGCUGGACAAGCGUGACUCAUUCGACUGCAAGGGAAGCUCCCUCUGCUCUUCUUUGAAAGUUGCCGCAUGUGACGACGCGGUGAACAACAAGCUCAUCCGCAACAACGACGUCAACUACGGCGCUCCCGGCGUCUUUGGGGGCUAUGGCUGCGGCGUCUUCAUCCAGGGCAAAUCCGGCUGUGCUCGCACCGGUAACCAGAUGUGGUAUGACUACCAAGACAUCCGGAGCAACGGCUGCAGGGUCUGUGGCUCCAAGCAUUGGGGCGACGGGUGUCUGACCACCAUCAACUAUGUCUCUGGUUGCUAG